AUGCGGCGCCAGCGGUGGGUGCUGCUGCCACCGCGGGUUUUGCGCCACGCGGCCACGCCGCAGCCCCACUGCCGCGGCUACACCACAACGGCAGGCGUAAAUAUCGCUACGAUCCUGCGCGGGACGUCCUCCUCCUCCUCCUCCUCCGUUUCUUCCUCGGCAGCGGCCGUCGCGUGCGAAACGAUGCGGAUGCGUGGACGCGUGGAGGCCGCGCGCGUGCGCGGGAAGCUUGCCUUCAUCCACCUUCGCCAGCCACCUUUCCACUCCAUCCAGGUGGUGGCAUCCGGCACCGCCAUCGUGCGGCAGGUGAAGGACCUCACACCCGAGUCCAUCAUAGACGUGACCGGCACACUUGUUCCUGUGGAGCGGCCGGUGACUUCCGUCAGCUGUUCGAAUUACGAACUCCACGCCGAGCGUGUGGAGGUGGUUAGCAAGGCUGCCACCCCGCUUCCGUUUCCCAUCCGCGAUUGCUACACUAAGCUGGACACUCGCCUGAACCACCGCGUGGUGGACCUCCGUACUCCCCUGAUGACGUCGGUGCUCCGCGUUGUCUCCGCCGUGUGCCAAAGCUUCCGUGACCAGCUGCUUGCCCGUGAGUUUGUGGAGGUGCACACGCCAAAAAUGCUCGGCGCAGCCUCCGAGAGUGGAAGUGCAGUGUUCACGCUUGACUACUUUGGUCAGCCUGGCUACUUGGCGCAAUCGCCGCAGCUUUACAAGCAGAUGGUGCUGAUGGGUGAUGCAAUGCGUGUGUUUGAGGUUGGCCCUGUCUUUAGGGCGGAGAAGAGUCUCACGCACCGCCACCUCACAGAGUUUGUUGGCCUGGACGCUGAACUUGUCAUUGAGCGGUCGUACACGGAGGUGCUGGAUGUCCUGGAAUCGACUGUGUGCGGCAUGGUUGAUCACCUUCAAGGCGAUUGCGCAGCGCUAAUGCGACGGGCGCGGGAGGCGCUGGCUGAGGCCGAUGCUGCCACCUUGGCUUGGAACGAAGGUAAAGAGGAGGAGGCACCCAUUGUGUGCGAGCUGUCGGGGGAGACCCUCGCGGCAUUUGGGGUUUCGAUGCAUGACACAGCAGAGGAAGCCUUGCUGUCAACCGACUACUAUCAUGGCCGCGUGGGCGGCGACAGCGCUCAGGGGCAGGGCGCACGCCGGCCAAAGGUGUUGCGCCUCGCCUUUGACGAUGCAGUGCGGCUGCUGCUCGAUCACGGUGUGACAGAUCAGCCUUUGACAGACUUCACGCUGCUGCAGGAACGACGUCUUGGGGAGCUGGUGCGGCAGCGGUAUGGGGUGGAUGUGUACGUUGUCGACCAGUUCCCGGCCGCAGCGCGACCCUUUUACACCCUGCCGCAUCCGCACAAGGCAGAACUGACGUGCGGCUUCGACAUGUACCUCCGUGGUGAGGAGAUCUGCAGUGGGGCGCAGCGCAUUCACGACGUGACGCUCUUGCUGCAGAACAUGGAGCGAUUUGGGGUAGACGCGGCGGGCGUGAAGGACUACGUGGACGCCUUUCGCUACGGCGCCUGGCCCCACGGCGGCUUUGGGCUUGGGCUGGAGCGCAUUGCGCUUUUUCUGGUUUGCGCGAAGGACAUCCGUCAGAUCUCGCUCUUUCCACGCGAUCCAAAGCGUCUAACGCCGUAG